AGGCGGCCUCAGUAUGCCCGCGCGUGUUUAUGUUGACGUGAUCCCGACAUCCACACUGCCGACAGGUGACUCGCUCCUUUGUUCUCUGCCGCACAGGUAUACCAGGGGAACACCUCUCACCGCCGCCACCCCCACCCCCGUCUCCAAGGCGCGCGGCCCUACGGUACACAUGUUUACUACCACCUUUAUACCGACCCAAGUCAGACCGCAUGGAAGGAAAAGGGGAGAUGUUUUGUAAAAUUUAGUACUGUGGAUGCUCCGUAGGCCUACUGGGUACUGAGAGAGUCCUACCCAUAGAGACGCCCCCUGUCUACGACAGGUGUCGUACAACGGUAGAACACCUGUUCCGUGUGUAAACACUGCCCGUGGUGUUUAUAACCCGGCUGGCCGUGGUGACGGGGGCGCAGUAGGGACGUGUGGGACGUGACUGCAGGAGUGUAAAAACACAACUGCGACGAUGUCCAGAAAACGGAGGACCAUCCCGAUCAGAGGCCUGUACUCCCUGCCGUCCGACCCGCUGACGUUAGAACAGAAGCUGCUGUUGCACCGGUACCGGAAAGAGCUGGUCACGGAACUGUUCACAGCACCGCCUUCCCGACUGUUUCACUAUCUCAUCGGUAAAGGAGCGCUCACGCUACCUGACGUGCGGGUCAUCAAGGCUGACAAGCUGAAGGAGACGGCCGUGAACAAGGCGUUCCUGAAGCGGCUGGCGGCGAAGGGUGAGCGGGGCUUCCUGGCGUUCUGCGACGGGCUCAGAUCACGGCACGGGGCCUGGCAGGGCUACCUGGCCGAACUGUUAGACGGACACGUCAUGUCUAUGGUGGGGGAUGAUUUCCUUCAGCUGUUGAAGGUGGUUUCCCUCAACAUCGUCCAAUACCUUCCACAAGGCUGGACGCGAUUGGUCAGGCUUCUCGGCGUCACACCAAGAGAGCUGGAGACGUGCAAGCGCCAGAACAAGUUGCGGACGCACCAGGUACUACACGCCCUAACGCUAUGGGUGGGGGCGCGGGUAGACCAAGAUGAUCUCAUCAAACAGCUGAUGUCGGCGCUGAAGAGAAUACGUUGCGGGAAAGUCGCCGGUAAGCAACGUGUACUCGAUACAGAUAAAAACUUGACUCAUAGUUUCAUGAGGGCUUAAAUCCAUAAUAACGACCCUAAACGUACUGUAGCAAAGGUUUCUUACAAGACCAAUAUGUGAUCACCUGUUUGCGUUUCAACUUCCUCACGACAAUACUCAAGUUUGUUUGCCUUGGGAAUUGGACAGACAGAGACAUUCUAACCUCACGCAUUCCCACCAUACCUGGUGCACAGUCUGUACGCAGACCUGA